UCGUAUUGAAGUAAAUCAAUAAAUGUUUGUAGAGUUGAAUGUAUUUCUUUUCUCCCCCACCCCGUAUCUCUCUUUCUCUUCCCUAAUUUAGGGUUUGAUCAGCACCAUGGAUGUUGAGGCAGCCGAGUUCCAAGACUGGGAGAUUCUUCCCUCGAACGGGGCUUCUGACUCGGAACCGUUAACUCCGGCUGAUUCAGUCGGAAACACGAACGGUGUCGAUGAAGUUGGAUCCGAGACAGGCGGUGUGAUUCAAUCCAAUUACUUCUCUCUAGACUCUCAAAGCAGGUAUAUGAGUACUUUUACUGGUGCGGAUGGAAGCGAGGAGGACUCUGAAGAAUCGGAGAAUCCAAGUUGGAUUGAUCCCGGAUCUGAAAACAAUAAGUUUACCAUCAAGACUUGUCGUGAAUUCUGGUCGGAUUCCAGCAGUGAACUCUCGGAAACACGAAAAUUCAGUGAAUUCGAGGGUAAAAAUGAAUUGGGUUUUGAAGGAAUUGAAGAGAUAAAAAGUGAAAAUGGUAAAAGUUUGGAAGAAUUUUGGCCGGAUUCUGUGAAAUUUGAUGACUUUGAAGCUGGACAAAAUAGUCAUCUACAAGAUGGUUCAGAUGGUUCUGCUGAAGAAAAGGAGGACGGUGAAAAGAAGAUUGAAGUAGAAGAGAGGGACCAAAAGAGGAGCCUAGUGUGGUGGAAGUUGCCAAUACAACUUGUCAAGUAUUGUGCUGCUUUUAGAGUUAGUCCUCUGUGGACAUUUCCUGUUGCUGCUGCUGUCAUGGCUUUUGUUAUUUUGGGUCGUAGGUUGUAUAAGAUGAAGAAAAAGACCAAGGGAUUGCAGCUGAAAGUAACUGUGGAUGACAAAAAUGUAUCUCAGUUCACAAGCCGUGCAGCACGCCUUAAUGAAGCAUUCUCUAUUGUGAAGCGGGUUCCUGUGAUUCGGCCACAGCUGCCUGCUGCUGGAGACACACUGUGGCCUCUAAUGACUUUGAGAUAGGCUGUAAUAUUUCCCCAUUUGAUAUGUUGUGUUGCUUCUGCGCUUGUAUAAUCUCUAUGUUUACUGCUCUUGUUUGAUCUCAAACCUAUGUAUAUUCACUUGCCAAAGAAAUUGCAUAACUAAUUGCUUAUGCUGUUUGAUCUCAAA